GACACAUCCUCCUCGCCGCGUUCACGGGCGCCUGGCUCUCCCCAUCGCGGCUGCGGCUGUGGACAGGUUCUCCGCGCUCGGCGAAGAGUCCUUGCGUCAUGCCGGCGCCGCCAGUGCUCUACAACCUGACCUGUCCAGCGUCCUGUCCCGACUUCACGGAGGUGCUGGACGAAUUCCGAGGUCUCAAGGAGACAGUGGAUGACGCGAACCAGAGUCCGCAUGCGCAGCCGCUCGCGGAGUCAGGAGUGCCGCGAUAUCUUGAUAUGCUCGCCGUUUUCGUCGGGAGUGUCGCUUUCUACUUGGACGUCUUGCUGGGGUUCCUUUUCUCGCGCGUAGGCUGCUGUCGAGAUGGCUGCCGGCGCUGGUGCUAGACCGGCGCUGCAGGUAGAGUUGAAUUUCCUGUUCUACGUGGACCAGCUUGACCUUUGGCACGUGGUGGUGAUCCUGAGGAACUGCUCGACCGCGAGUUACAAAGCAGCGCGCGGGGAGGACCCUCCAGCCAACCAUCGGUUUUGGUGUAUGCUGACAGCGGACGGCGACGUGCAAUUAUCCCCAUGAUCUCUCCGUGUUGGGGGAUAUCCAGGCGCUACGAGCGCUUGACUAUGAGGGGAACGUCGGCCAGUUCAACGGGCGCGGACCUGAUCCAGGGGUUCGAUUGGCAUGCCUUCCGAGCUGGUCGUGGCGACGGGCCGCUUGAUUUGUCGCAAUAUGUUCCUGUUCGUGCCGAUGCUGACGGUGAGGAGCGCAAGGAUGGUGGGGAUGGAGGCGCACUUCCAGGUGAGGGGGGGCCGCGUAAGGCUGCUGACGGGACGAUCCGAAGGAUUGCUUACUCUUCGGACAAUGCCUUCGCUCGUGGCUCAGAGUGCCGACGUGAUGCUGGAUAUCCCUUCGCGCUCGUGAAGGGCGGUGGUUCGACUACGAUCACGGUGGAGACGCCGACUGGAGCGGUGCAGUGCUAUGCCGCCGUGGCCGAGUCCGUGGACGAGGACGCCGACGCCCGCGCGCUGCCGGCGGCCUGGAGGGGCAACUCCCGUCGUCGCCGCUUCGUGGAGGCGGUGGACUUGAUUAUGUUGCAUGACAAAAGCGACUCCCCGCUGCAGGACGAAGCUUCGAUCUUCUGGUACCUGGAGGUGGUCGCCCGCAGCGGGGAGGGCGGCCAGGUCCAGCGCCACUACAAAAAGAGGAGCAGCUCGACGGUGGAGCAGAUUCGGCAAUCGAUUCAGCCAUGGGGUCAGGAGAUGGGGUAAUUGUUGCGGCAUCGCCCCCGCAGUGGUUUAAAGAUUUUGAUGCCCGUCUGUCGAAGCAAAUCGAAGGCAUCACGACUGACCUGAACGGAA